AAAAAGAGAGCUAUAUUGUGGCUAUCCCUAUCACCUACAGCUACUACUACUAACAAAAAUACUGAACUACAAGUCAAUUUCUACCCAAAAUAAAGCCUUAAAAUCUCCUCUUUCUCUUUCUCAACGCGUAUGAAAUCCUAUGCUCUUACGUUUUUGUCUCAUUAUCAAAAAAUUUCGAAAAAAUUACUCUCUAUCGUUCCAUUUUAUUAAUAUACUAUUAUUUUUUAUUUAUUUUUAGCUUGUGGUGUCAUGGUGAUAGUGAUGAUGAAAUGUGUAAGUUGAUGAACGUGGAUUACAAAAUCUGAUUUUUUAAUUUUAGGAAAAGAAAUUCAAGAAUCAGAAAACUUUUCUUUUUCCUUCCUUAGUGGGAAAAAGCUCCAUUUGUGUUAUGGUUAAUUGGUCCCACCAUUAGAAUCCCAGGUGUCAACAACUCUUCUUCCUCUACAUCUUCAUCAGCUCAAUUGUCCAUCACCCUUCUUUCUCUCACACACAGACACACAGUAGCAUCUUUACUUUUCAGUGUUGAAGAAUCAAGAUUGCUUUUUUUAUUAUUUUUAUUAAUUUUUCUACCUUCCUUGUGGCUUGGUCUUUAAUGGUUGUCCCACCAAAGCCACAGCUAAUUUUUCUUUGUGUAAAAUACGUGGGUCGGUGUUUUUUUUCAUCUGGGGUUCUCUCUUUUAGUCUUUAUUAUAGCCCCAAAAGAAGAAAAGUAAAAAAAGAAGAAGAAUUCUUGGUAUUGAAUUAUUGUUAGAUGCUUUGAUAAAAUGCCCCCCACCUUUUUUUUAUGUUAUUAGAAGGGGAAAAAAGAUUUUUUUUUUUUUUUUUAUUGUGUUCAAACGUGCCAAAGGGGAAGAGUUGAGUUUGCUUAUUGAUUUGCAUGAUUCAUGUGACAAGAAAGUUGGGUGUCUGUCUCUUAAUUGAUGAAAAAAAGAUGUCUUUUUUAUUGAUAAAAAAAGGUGAUUUUGGGUUUAUUUUAAGUUUCUGCCGACAAAAGAAGUUACAAGGAUGAUGUUAUGUUUGUUGUCUUUAUGACUUGCUGAUGCUACAUUUUUGUAUCGAACAAUUUUUCCAAUAUUUGAAGGGUCAUUGGAGAGAAAAGUUGGAAGUUGUUGCUCUUAUGUUAUAGAAGAGACAGUAUUGGAGAUUUUGGUUUGUGAAAAGCAAGGUUGAAAAAGUUGAUGCCUUUGAAGAAUUUGGAGAUAUCCUUAGGCUUAUUGGAGCCAAAUUGCUUGCUUUCUAUGUAGUGUGUUUUGGGGAGAAUUGCAGUGUUCUUAUUGGAAGUAGUGUUAAAGAUUGUUCUUGAAAAGGGAAAAAGAAAAGCUAAUUUUUGAUUCGUUACCAACUAGAUAGGCUAUUGUAGUAUCAGCAAUUGAAUAGAGUGCAUUGCACUGAAGUUAAUAAGUUCACGAAUAUGGCAAAGAGAUCACAGCGCCACGCUCUGAGAUAUGAGAGGGAUCGAGCAGGUUGCAUUUGGGGUUUGAUUAGCAUCUUUGAUUUCCGUCAUGGUCGAACCACUAGAAAGUUACUCUCAGAUAGAAAGCCAGGAAGCAAAUCAGUUCUUGGUUCUGCUUCUUCGAGCUCUAUGCACGAAUUACCGAAUCCCAGUGAUAAUAGACUGAAUAUUGAGGAUGAUGAAGAAAGUGAGGUUGCUGUACCUGAUCCUAGAACAAGUGUAAAGGAGCUCAUGGAAGAAGAAAUGGUCCAUGAGCAAAGCCUGAAAGAUCAGUGCAAUGGUUCUGAAAUAGACGUAGGAGAGUUUAAUUCAGAAAAAUCAUGGCGUGCAAGAAAGAACAGCAGGCGAACACGCAGAGCUUCCCCCAGACCGAGUAAUACACACUCUCUUGAUUUGGGUGAUGCGGGAAAUUUGAGGUCUGAAGCACCUUGUCAUCAAGAUUCAGGAGGGAUGGCACUCGAUGAUCUAGACAUUGUAAUGGAAGAACUUCGCCAGAUUCAGAAAGAUCGUAAGUUUGUGAAGCUCCACCAAGGUUUACAUAAUGAUCAUAACAAGCGGUCAGAUCAGACUCAACCAGUUGUUGAAGAAAAGGUAAAUGCAGCGAUUGAGGUGUUUAUCAAUCAGAGAUCAAAAAACAAUAAACAGUUGGGAGAAGAUAAUAAGACCCUCCAAUCAAAAGAGUUCAUGGAUGCUCUGCAGACUCUAAGUUCAAAUAAGGACUUUAUCUUGAAACUCCUGCAAGAUCCAAACUCAAGGCUGGUAAAGCAAAUUGGAAGUUUGGAGGAUGCUCAGUUUGACGAAAAGCAGAGACGUAACUUGAUUUCAGAAUCCAAUAGAUCAGAGGAAAACCGAGUGGAUGCAAAAACAGAUGAUGUCAUAAACCACAAACAACGCAAAUUUUUCAGGAGGAGGAGCAGGUCUCAAGAAAUUUACCCUCCAAUGGGAGAUGAGACACCCCAACCUUCAAGUAAAAUUGUUAUUUUGAAGCCUGGACCAGCAGGCUUGCAAUCACCCAGUGCUCAAAUCAAUGUUAACACUCCAAUGCGCUCGCAAUACACAGAGAAACGAACUAUACAGAAUGAGAGAAACACAUCCCAGUUCUCAUUUACAGAAAUUAAAAGAAAACUCAAGCAUGCAAUGGGAAAGGAUCGUCAUGUGAUCUCUUCUGAAGGAACCAUCCGCCGACUUCCCUCUGAGCAGCUGAAGCGGAGUAACAGUGACAGAGGGAUCUCUGGGGAAAAUUUAGGAUGGAGUUCUCCUAAUAGAGACCAUUUUUAUACUGAAAGAUUUGCUAAAUCUCCUCUUGGAAUGAAGAGAGGGGAUAAGAUAGUCAAGUCAAAAGGUAUUGAAGCAGCCACACAGACUGAGGCACCUGACUUUCCCAGGCCAGGUAUGUCCAACAUCUACGUUGAGGCAAAGAAGCACCUUGUGGAGAUGCUGGACAACGAAGAUGAGACUGCAGAGGUGAGUAGUGGGCAGUUGCCUAAAUCCUUGGGUAGGAUACUUUCGUUUCCUGAGUACAACAGUCCGCCUGGCUGCAGCCCGAGAAAAAACAGCAAGGAUAGCAUGCUACCUUCCCAAAUGAAGGAGCCUCUUACUGACCCUAUACUGGGAGAGAAUGAUGACAGACUCCAGCAUGUACAAGAAGACCAUGUUACGGGUGCAAGUCCAUCCAGCCAAGACAUAGAGAUAGAAUCUAGCUGUUCUGAUGCUUAUCCUAAUGAGUGCACUAAGUCUGCCUGCACAAAUCUAGAGGUUCCAUGUGAAAAUGGGGACACACUCGAUGAAAAUGUGUCUUCAACUGGCCAUACAAGUCCUGAAGUAGAUCUAACUGAAGAAGCAAUCAAAACCAGAAGCGAGGAAGAAGGUGAAAUCUUGAGUGCUCCAAUUGACAGAGAAAUCCAAGUUGAGGGUGAUGUUACCAAUGCACUGGAUGAUGGAAGCUCUUUUCAUGUGUUUGAAUUGUCAUUUGACUGCAAAAAAGAACAUCAAUCUGGGAAGGAUCAAAAAACUCUAUCUUCUCCACCCACCUCACCUGCAGACUCUUCAAGCCCCAAGAAAGUUGAAGAUCCUGACAGUGCAGUUGAUAGAAAGGAGCGGCCUAGUCCCAUAUCAGUACUUGAGCCAUUAUUCUCUGAGGAGGAUGUCAGUCCUGCAAGCACCAUAUGCCGACCAGUCGAUCCAGAAAUUCAACCACGGAAAAUCCAUUUUGAAGAACCAGUGUCUUCCAUCAGUGAACAAGAUUGUCCGGCAGUUUGUUUUGAAAAUGAAGAAUCUGCGUUUGAAUAUGUAGAAGCAGUUCUUCUAGGUUCAGGAUUAAGUUGGGAUGAGUUUCUCAAGAGGUGGCUUUCUUCUGACCAAAUUCUUGACCCAUCAUUAUUUGACGAGGUAGAGUUAUUUUCAAGUCGUUCUAGUCAUGAUCAAAAGCUCCUUUUUGGUUGUGCAAAUGAUGUUCUUGAGGCAGUAUGCGAGCGCUAUUUUGGCUGCUAUCCCAGAGUGUCACUCUGUAAACAUAACAUUCGACCUGUUCCAAAAGGAAUGGACCUGAUAAAUGAAGUAUGGGAGGGAGUAGAAUGGUAUAUUCUCCAAUAUUCAGCUCCUCAUUCUUUGGACCAGCUUGUCAAAAAAGACAUGGAAAGAUCAGGGACAUGGAUGAAUCUCCGAUUGGAUCUUGGACAUAUCGGCGUUGAGAUGGGGGAGAUUAUUCUGGAAGAGUUGGUGGAUGACACAAUUUUGAGCAUUUCUGGUGAUACUUUGGAGUAUGCAGAAGAUGUUCUCUUCCCAGACAAGAGUGAAAUUGAGAGUAGCGUCGACCAUGAACCAGUAGCCAGAUCUGUCUCUUUGUAGACACUAAGAGAAGGCUUCCCUAGACUCUAGAUAACAAAGUAGAUCAUGCAGCUCUUGUGAAUGAAAAAUGGCAUGAAAUCUCAAUCUCAACUAAUCAUUUCACCUCUCAUCUAGCUUUCUUGCCUGGAGUGUUUCAUUUCUUCUCCUAGCAACAGUACUUACUUUUAUGACAAUAGCAUAACAGACUUCCAUGCAAAAGCUAAGCCAAUAAAGUAUAAUGUGUGACACACCAGGGGAUCCAAGAACUCCCUCAUUGAUUCUAUUGCUUUUUAAGAAAUCAGAAGGUGCUAGUUCCUCCUGGGGGGAAACCUCAUGACAUGUAGAAUGUGGUUUGGUGUGGUUUGUUAAUGUGUGUUUUACCUACAUAUUUAGAUUUUCUUUUUCUUUUCGCGUGGCAGAUUGAUUGGUCAUCCUUUUUUGGUCCUUUUGGAUAGCUUUUCUCUUGUAAGUAGAGAGUUGUAACUGAAAAUUACAUCAAAGUAGAAAAGAAAGAAAUAAUAUCUUGACAUGGUUGUUUGUAUCA